UCACUCAUUCACUCAAGCAUUCGAUUAGAGGAGUUGAACCUAACAAUCCCUGUACUCCCUGGUACUACUAAUAACAACAAGGCACAUCAGGAUGUGGAUCUUACUGAUCCUAACUCUUUCACUAUUGGUCUUCAUCCACCUCAUCAGCCAACCUUGAAAUCGCCAAAACACCCCGCCAAAGAAAAUGAUGACAUCCUUGCCAAACAUGGUCGCGACAGUUGGUUUGAAACGAGCAGCCUGGAGAUGGCGAGAAGGAAGAAAAUCCUCCAGAGAUACUGCCAAAGUCUCAACGCCAAGCAAGAGCUAUUUAAGAGCAAAAUGGCCUCACUGUCCAUUUCUGACCCUGUCCACAACUUAUUUUUUUGUCCCAUACCCAAGAUUGGGUUGAACACGUGGUUCCGCAUCUUUUACGUUCUGUCCGAUGUCGACGAGUCAAAGAAGAAAUCGGUGAUGGUCUCAACGAAGGGAUUGAAGUCCUUCCAAAAGCAAGUCCGGAGUCUUUUUUCGACUCAUCGAGAAGCCUGGGAACAAUUGACCGAUGGAAACACGUACAAAUUCACGUUUGUGCGUCACCCAAUACAAAGACUCGUUUCCGGUUAUCGGGAUAAAAUCGAGAGGUGCUCCUAUAGCGCCAUGCUUUGCGAGUGGCUCGAGGCAUCUUACGGCGACACAAGUUUUCCGAGCUUCCUUCAGUACCUCUUGAGUCGGCAGAGAGACCCGUGCAAAUUGGAUAUUCAUUUCAGGCCAAUUUACUGCAAUUGUCAACAUUGCACCAAUGCCUACCACGCGAUUGGACACUUAGAGACCUUUGCAGCCGAUGCCAAGUACAUUCUGGUUCAAACGAAUCUGUCCCAUCUGAUCCCCGAGUCCUUACUGACCACCUCCUACAAUAGCGCCGGUACCAAACACAAUUUGUCCUCGAAAAGUACCCUGGAAUAUAUGCAGGAGGUCUCCGCCGGGAUCAAGCUUCAAAUCUUCGAAAUGUACAAGCAUGAUUUUAAAUUAUUUGGUUACUCCGAUCAAGAAUACUGAUGUCAAUAAAAAGAUGGCCUGGAA